CAGGUGGAGGUGCUGGGGUAAAACAGAGGAGGGGGAAGGCCGUUGGGGACGUCCAUUGGCAGUCCCCCGUUAGUAACACAAGGGGAGGGAGAAGGUAACGCGGUCGGGACCGGAGGGACAGCGUGCGAGUCGCGCGCGCUCGCGGCCGGAACCUCCGCAGGACCCUCCGCAGGACCCUCCGCAGGACAGAGGAUAGGGCCCCAGACAUAUUUGAAGGGGUGAUGGUCAAGAAUUGUUCCAAAACUAGUGAAAGGCGCCAGACCACAGGUCAAAGAGUUUUCUUAAGGAAGCAGAGGCAGGUGCCAUAGAAAAAAGAAAACCCGUGGGUAGGUAGGGAGGUAAGGUAGGUAGGUAGGGUAAGGUAGAUAAAGAUACUCAAACUCCUGAAAGCGCCCAAAUAAGAGAAAAUCUUCGAGGUAGCCAGAGGGACGUUCGCUUACAGAUGGAGAGUGAGGCCGAGCGCAGUCCUCUGGGUGUGUUUACGUGCCAGCUCUGUGCCCUGACAGCUCCAUACAGCUAUGUGGGGCAGAAGCCCCCUGAUACCCACUCGGUCAUCCUCCUGGAGGAGAGUUAUGUCAUGAAGGACCCAUUCACCUCAGACAAGGACAGAUUCCUGGUCCUCGGGUCAAAGUGCAGUUUAUGCAGCCGGCUGGUGUGCGUGGGCCCGGAAUGCAGUCUGUUCUACUCCAAGAGGUUUUGCCUCCCCUGUGUCCAGGAGAACAUGGAUGCCUUCCCUCAGGAAAUCCGGCAAGACUUGGAGAAAAGGAAAGCUCCAUCGAAGAGGCCGGCCAGCCGGCCUGGCUCUCGGACAUGAACGCGGCUGGGUGCCAGGUUGGCAGCAGCACCUCGCGCAGAGCUCCCGGGCCAGCAGGGCCCCUGCAGCCUGGGUCUGGGAUGGUGCAGAGCUGGGAGCUGUCGUGCCCAGCCUUGUUCCGGGCCAGAAGCAGCAUGUGCAGCCGGAGCAGGCCCGGGCCCAGCCUGCAGCAGGAAGGUGACCGGGAGACCGGCAGAAGGCGCUCAAAAGGCAGACCUCGGACCAGACAUCCCGCAGAACUGACCCCAUCCAGAGCCCCCUGGAUGCUGAGACUGUAGGGCAGGAACUGAGGAACGGCUCAGAACUGGCACAAAGGGAAGGAAGCCAAGGCUGGGCCUGUUGACCCUUUUGCUCUCCGCCCGGACCUGGGGCUCUAGGCCUUCCCACAGGGCCAUUCCCUGGCUCCUGCUUCACAUGGCCGGACCUGGAGGGCCCUUUGCGCGAUUCAUCAGAUCCAGGAGUUGCCUCCAGGUGACACGCUGUUCUCCCUGGCCCUGACGACACAGGAGUGAAGGGACGAAGCCGUCUGGCCUGGUCCCGUGUGGGGAGGCCCUCUGGUCACGCUGGGGGGUCGUGCUGUCUGUGCUCAUGCAGAGGCAGGACGGCUGGGGUGGGGACUCCUGCCUCCCCCAUCCUAGGAAUCGAGCGUUCACACGGUGAAGACGUCACUCAGCGGGACGUUUCCCAGGGAGGUGAUCUGUGGGAAGGUGCCUGAGGCGUGUCGGGAGCUGCAGACGCGACCGGGGGGGUCUGGGGGCGGUGGAAUUUUACGUCACAUCCUCGUGGUGCUUGGAAAAUGUUUUAAAUCUUGACCAUGUGUUAGAUCCAUAAUUAAAAACCCAAAGAAUCAGUUAAUGUUUUGAAAAGUAAUCCUUCCCCGGACACAUUUGCGAGGCAGACGUUCUCCUUGGCACUCUGGAUCUGGCGCGGGUCGGGGGCUGGGGAGUUGCCACGUGCAGCCUCUUCUGUGCCGUCUCUCCCGCGGGCCCAAUCCCAUCCAAGGCAGAGCAGUGCCUUCCCCUGCCCUCCCUUCCCUCACGCAGGGGCUCACAACUUGAGGUGCUGGCUUGCCCCUCUCCACAGGGGACCCUGCACCAGCCCUGCAGUCUCCUGUAGGUGGCCCCGGGGCACUCCUCCCCCAUGGGCACCCCUCCCACAUGGCCCCCACCUUUGCCGUGGGGGACACACCGGACAGCAUGUUUGCCUCUGUCUGCUAGUUCUCAGAGGGCCGAGGCGGCUCUGUCUUGCCUGUUAACUACCCCAAGGCCAGCUGCCUGGGGUGGGGAUGGGGGGGGCACCAGACAUGCGUUUGAGGAGAGAAUAAAUAAGGAGCUUUUAUUGGCUGAUGUGCUCACUGGGUUAUAUUUUCAGAUGCUUCCUCUGUGUCACAUUACUUUAGAUGAAUGGCUGUCAUCCUGGGGCCACACUGUCCUAGGUCCAUUCUGUGCGCUGAAAAAUGAAAGGACUAGAGGUGAAGACCCCUGGGGGAGCGGGGUGGGGGUGGCUCUGGGCUGAGGGCAGACGCUACAGCCGGGGAUUUUCAAACUAAACGUUCAUCUCACGGCAUCACUCAGAACUCAGCAACUAAUUUUAAAAAAUAGUUUUAUUUUUUAAAACCAUUAAGGCAACACUGUACCCUGAAAUCAACUCCUUACAUUCAUCAGUCUUACAGUAGGACAUUCCAAACCUGCACAUUCCCAUAAAUUCAGGAUAUAAAUCAACAUAUGUGAUCGGUUCAAUCUCCCAGCAGGAAAUAGGAUAAGACUGAAAAUUUUUAAAACUUAAUCUUAUAGUCAUUUUCUAACUGCUUGGAACUGCUAUCGGUUAACAUGACUUGGAAGAUUCCAUUUGCCCUUCUUGCUAACCCCUGCUCCCUGAGGCCGCGGACGAGACCCAGAGAGAGGCCCCCAGAACCCUGCUCUAAAACGUCUGCUUUGGAACUGCUCCUGUUUAGCAUGAAGACGAGGGAUCUGUCAGCCCCCAAAUACUUGGAGGGUAUAAGGCACCAGAGUGGUAACGAUAAACACACCAAGAAACGAAGCUCAGCGUUGCUUUGGAAAUCUGCACCCAUCUGACGUUCUGACCUGUGUCAGUCAGACGCGCUCAAGCGCCAUGGCCCUGCGGACACCAAGAAGUUCUACCGAGAUACUGGGAAUGACCCAUGGGAACCUCGAGGGGUCUGUGGUUUCCGUCGUAUGCUUUGGGCUGGGCCAUCUGGGGGCUGCCAGAGAACCAGCGGUGCAAAUAUCCUCUCCGAAGAUUUCGGAUUGCCCGAGUGCUUUGGUAAUAACCCACAGGUAGUAAUUCCCUGCAGAGCAGACGCGACCCACUACCCAGGAAUAGUGCAGGUCCUCAGCAGGGCACAGCUGGGAGCACUAAGUGACCCUGGACCUGGGUCUCCUGCCUCCUUGCCGGGAGAGACGGUGAAGACGGACUCACUUGUGCUCCCCUGUGACUCAUGAUGAAGGGAACAGACUUAUAGGGGAAAUAAAUUCUGCGUGGCUCAGGAGAGACAAAAAGCCGUGUGUGUGUGCACAUGCGUGUGCAACUGUAUGUCAGUCAUAUUCCAGCGUCCUUUGUGUUUCCAGUAG